AUGGGUCUCCAAGGCAACGCGCAGCCCGGUGCCCCUAAGGAAAGCCGAGGACCGCGUCGCCCCUCAGUAAGAGGCGGCGGCCGUCACCUGCCAAGCGAGGCCGUGCCGAGGGGCCCCAGGGUCCCGGCCUCAGAGAGGAGCGGCCCGCCGACCCCGCGGCCGGGACAGGAACCCGCAGCCCAGGUUUCCGCCCGGCUCGGCCGAGCCCGGCCCGGGCCUAGGGCGGGGGCCGCACGCGCUGUCGAGAACGGGCCCCGGCGGUCUGCGGCGCGCGGCCCCCUCGGCGCGGCCCGUGCAGCCCCGGGGCCGGCGGCGCCCGCACCUGCCCCGCGCCCUGCAGCAGCAGCGCUGCCGGGCGGCUUCACCCACCUGGCGCCUCGCGCGCGUCACCGCGCCACCGACCCCCUGCGCGCUCCUCGGCACCCGCGCCGGGGAAGACCCUGCCGUGCGGCCGCCGCCGCCACCGCCGCCGCCACCGCCGCCGCCGCCGCCGGGUCAGUCGUCAGGUCGGCCGCAGCGAACCUGUUGCGCAGCCUGUCACGGCCGCUGGGCUCCGGCGGCGCCGCCUCAGCCCCACAACAACAUGGCGGCCGCGGCCUCCGCAGGAAGCCGGGGGGCGGGGAGGCGAGCGACGGGCGGGCAGUGACGGUCCGCCCGCUUGCUUGCCCGGCCGGCCGCGGGGCACCGACUCCCCACCGCGGGGGAGCGCGACACUGCGUGACGUGCCUGCUCACCCCGGGAACCGUGGAGCCCUGGAUCACGAGGGCGUGGGCCGAAGCGCUUCGCUUCCCGCGACGUCCCGAAGCCUCCGAGCUGACAGCCCUUCCAGGAGCUGCCACGACCCACCUGGCUCCUCCUCUACGAGGACACUCAAUGUUUACCAAGAAUGCCAACGCCUGAAGAAGUCAGUCCUCCAGGUCCACCCAGAAUUCUCAGCAUCCUUCGUCCUUAGGUAUUCAUGAUUCAGAACUUGGGUUUAUAAAGGAGAAGAAUCAGGAUUUAAGAAAAUAAAAUUCUUGUCUGCAUGCGAUCUGAAGAAAUAAGCUGUAAGCUGUGUUGUGUUGUUCGGUCUCCAGCACAGUGAAAAACAUCUUGGGAACUGGAAAUGGCACCGCAAACUUUGCUUGAUUGGCUUCAAUAGUUGUAGAUGUG